CAAUUCCACGCCAAUUGCAGAUGCUGCCACUGUGCCAACUCUCCAAUAGCGUCGGUCAAGAAUCUCACAAGCACAAUGACGUUGUGUUGAACAAAGCCCAAGCCCAAGCACAAGCCUUCGUCAAUUGUCGAUUUGUAUUGACAUCCGCAACACGCUUUCUUCAACCACCAAAGUCACUGUCCUUUGACCGUCUUCUUGCUCUUCACCUCUCACAGCCAAACACGCGCAGUAACGUGUGCAAUCAACAUGGAUCCUGAUAUACCUGCUCCCUCCAUUGAGUACGACGACCACCAGAAUCGAUAUGAUAAACCCCCAAAAGUCGAAGCAACCUCCACCACAACUCCAAGACGAUCUCAUCAAUUCACUCCAGCCUCAAUCCCACUUCCUCCUUCCUCUCCAAUGCGCUCCGCAUACAACACUCCUGCUCCCAAAAACAAGCCCAUGUCCUCAUCCGUCUCCCCUCGCCCUCCCUCGAGAUCCCCCUCUGUCGCAAGUUCGUAUCGUGGAGAUCGACAGCAGACCCCUAAUCUUAACACCAAGAGGUCAUCCUCCAGCCUCAGCACGGCCAGAGGGUCUGCGACCACUCCUUCUCGCCCCUUGCCACAUCUACAAUACCGUCGUUCGUCUUCCAAUCUCAACCCUUCAUCCCCCGCCACAAAUGGAAAAUCCUUGGGCAUGAGUUUGCCAGAACGACCGGUCCUCACUGCCAAUUCUGUCGCAAAGGAGUAUUUCGCCAAAGAGUUGGAAGCUCACUCCACUCUCGAUUCUCCUGUGGCGGUCAUCGUCCAUGACGCCUGUUAUGGCCAUCGCUUCUCUCGUCCCAGAUCAACCAAAAAUGCCCUGGCCACCAUUGUGGAACGACCAGAAAGAAUUCACGCAACCUUACUAGGUGCAGCCACCGCAUAUGUGAGACUCGGGGGCCGUCACCAAGAUGGUCCGUAUAUGCCUGCGCCGGGUCAUGAGCCCUCCAAGGUCAGAGACGCUCCAUUUCGGAUCCGCAAAACCGACAGAUCCAUUCCUCUCAACCACCCUGCCGUCACUUAUGUUCACGGGACAAAAUGGAUGGACGAGCUGCAGAUCAUGUGCGACGCCGCUGAGGCCAAAUUGACCAUGAACGGAAAAGAGUUGGUCAGACCAAUUGGCUACGGUAAGGAUGAAAAUGGAAAUGCCUUGCCCAAAUUACACGAAGGCGAUCUCUACCUCUGCUCAGAGUCCCUGGCUGCGUUGCAAGGAUGUCUUGGUGGUGUUUGUGACGCUGUGGACACUGUCUUUUCCCCCGGUCCGACAGAACGUGCCUUUGUCUGCAUUCGCCCCCCUGGUCACCACUGCUCCUCGAACUAUCCCUCAGGCUUCUGCUGGCUCAACAAUGUGCAUGUUGGUAUCUCAUACGCCGCCAUGAAUCAUGGUCUGACACAUGCUGCCAUUAUCGACUUCGACUUACAUCACGGUGAUGGUUCUCAGAACAUUGCCUGGGACCAUAACCAGAAAGUCCAUACCGCUGCCAAGAAUGCCGCUGCUCAUAAGAAGACUCCUAUCGGGUACUACAGCCUGCAUGACAUCAAUUCGUAUCCUUGCGAGUGGGGUGACGAAGAGAAGGUCCGCAAUGCAAGCCUAUGCAUCGAAAACGCUCAUGGCCAAUCCAUUUGGAACGUACAUCUAGAAGCAUGGAAAUCUCACCAAGAUUUCUGGAGGCUGUACGAGGCAAAGUAUAAGGUACUAAUUGAGAAGGCCCGGAAUUUUCUCAAACUGCACUCAGACAGAUUGGUUGCUGCUGGCCAACAACCCAAAGCUGCCAUCUUCAUCUCUGCUGGUUUUGAUGCAAGUGAAUGGGAGGGUGCUGGAAUGCAGCGGCAUAGUGUCAAUGUUCCCACGGAAUUCUAUGCGAAGAUCACCGCAGAUCUGGUUGCUCUAGCUCAAGAAAACGGGGUUGGUGUCAAUGGUCGACUCAUCAGUGUCCUCGAGGGCGGCUAUAGUGAUCGUGCUUUGACUUCAGGUGUCUUGAGCCAUCUUUGCGGUAUGGCAGGAGGUGCAUCUGAGUUAGGAUCAUCACUUUCCGAGGCAGACUUUCAAAAGGCCCCAGCCACCAUCAACAAUUGGUUACCAGAUCCACUCGAAUCACAAAAUAGAUUCUCGCCGUCCUACCAGCCAGACUGGUGGAGGUUGGACAAUCUUGAAGACCUCGAAGCGGCAGUAUCCGGUCGCCAACCUCACGACGCCAGAUCCGUACCGGACAAAACUGGAAAUUUUUCAUCGCCAACUCAGGCUUCUACCGCCAAGAUGACAGAGAAUGCUCGUGAGAGACAUUCCUUAUCUGCACUUCAAGCAAGAAUGUCUCUGGAAGCGCAAUACGUCCCGCCCCCGCCCGAUGUGGAUUGGGCUAUUGCGUCUUACGAACUAUCUCGUGUCAUGAUUCCAAGCGAACGACAAACGCUCAGCUGUACUUAUGAAGAACUUAAUACUGAAGCUGUGAAAGCUCGGCGCGAAAGACAAUCUAAUAUCGGAGCUGCCGUACCGACUGAUGAACGAAUGCAAUUGCGCGAUCGCCGAAGCAAAGCCCAACCACAGGCCGUCAAUGGCUCGAAGCUGUCCUCCCGCAAUGAAAACCGAAGAACGACGAUUGCGGCUAUCAGCGAACUACCUGAUCCUAAUGUGCCGCCCCUUCCCUACCUGAAUGGUCGGCCUCGUCGACGCUCGAGUGAUGCCUCGAGCAUAUUAUCCAGUUUCCAGGGCAUGAAUCUAUCCGACAAUCGCGACGACAACUCGUCAGUUCCCUCAGGGCAGUUGGCGCCCGCCAGUUCCCGCGAAGCCUCAGUUGUCCCAGAUAAGAAUGGAAAGGCUGUUGCAGUGAAGAAAACUAGGGCUCCUGCUACUACCAAAGCUGCCCCGAAACCUAGGACGAGUCCUCGAAAAACAAAACCGACAAGUCAGCCACUCGUCGGUAAAUCUUCGUUCGCAAAGCCCGGGCUGCCUGCCAGUGCAAGUGCUCCGAGACCAGGAAAUACGAGCGAGACUAGACAAGUAUCCAAUUCCUCACAAGAUUCAGGAGCUCUUACGCGAAAUUCCGAUGACAUGGACAACCUCACAAAUGGGUUGAAAAAGAUCAGCAUCAAAUUGAACGUUUCAUCAGCAGAAGAUCACGUGGCUAAGGAACAGAAACAGCUUGAUGAGAAGCAAAAGAAGCCUCGAGCACCGAGGAAGCCUCUUCUCCCGAAGACCAUUAAGAUUGAACGGCCAGGUGCUGCUGCAACAACAAGCAAAACUUCAGAUCUCACACAAAUGAUGGGGCCUAAACCAGUGACACCUGUUGGGCAGCAGAUAACAUCCAUCGAGCCUGUCAAGCCAUCUCCGGGCAUAAUCCCGACAUGGACUCCAGAUGAGGUCAAACCAGCUACAAGCCCUGUCAUCAAACAUGACCCGGACUUGUACAGAAGCGAGAUGGUACUUCACAGUGAACGCCAACAGCAGCCUCAGACUGUGGAAGCACCCUUCGCCGAGUCGCACAAUAUCGCCCAAUCGAAUAUAUUCCGCACCGAGCCCGUUCCAGCCGCCACCACGUUCUCGACUGAACAGGUGCCGCCACAGCGCGUCGCGAACUCGAAUAAUGUCACGAGCACCAACAUCGACACACAAGCUGAUAGACCAACUUCUACUCUUUCACAGAGACCCUCAUCGUCUGAUGCUUUCAGACCAAUGUCUGCUGGAAGUAGCACCCCGACCAGACGAUCCAAGGCUGACCUCCCUGUAUUCACUUCGACAUCGUCGAUUCCGUUUGGUUCUGCAUACCCACUGCAAGACGAGCAAGCAAAGCCUUCUGAGCAGCCGUCAAUUUGGGACAUUCCAGACACCCCCAAGCAUAAAUGAUGUGGCUCUAGUCUCCACCAAAUUCCUACUGCGUUCGUCGGUCUUUUGUUUUCUUUGUUGUGUUUCAAGGGGACGGCAGAUGUAAUGAUCAUGGCUCAAUUCGCGUCGGCGUUAGGGAUACCACGGUGAAGAGAUGGUUUCUCGAGUUGGCCUUUAGGGAUAAGGCUAGGUUCAGGAUGGGUGAUAUGGAAUCGGCUUCUGGCUCGUGAUU